AUGAAUGAGAUUAUUCAGAACUAUACUUAUGCUUUGUUGGCAGCAUUACUAUACACUGCACUUAGGACAUUUACCCAGUGGAUUAUGGUGUUCAGAAGACCUCAAAUUCGCCUGAAAUUAGAUAAGCUUCAAGAACUUGAAGCCGAAAUUGAUGAACAUGAGGCAAAUGAACGCAAAAGGCCAGAAAAUCCAGAAAGAAAAGUUCCAAAACGUAUUCAAAAAAUACAAUUAGAAAUUGAUCAAUUAAAAGUUGAAAUUCAGCGAUCAACAAUGUUCAUCAAUACUGCCUUAUCACUUUCAUCAUUAAUAUUCAGCUAUAUAAUCGGAUCUUUCUUCGAAAACAAAGUCUGCAUUAAAUUCCCAUUCUCAGUAAUAUAUCCACUUAACAAAAUGACCCACAAAGGUCUGGAUGGUGAGGACUAUACAGAAGGAUCUUUUUCAUCAGUAUUCUUUUUGAUGAAUUUAUGGACCAAUGAAUUUGUUGUUAAACUACUUAAUUUCAAGCUUCCAUCCAGCGGAAUGUUCCCUAAUAUAAUGAAUCAAAUGCCAAUGCAGAUGGGUCAUUAA